CUGUGGUCUUACGAGUCCCUCGCUCUCUCUCUGGAGUUGCAUGCAGUCAGAUUUCCACCCAGAAAGGAUUCAACAGUGUGAUCGCUGCACGACGGACUGCUGAGCUGCACCUCACACACUCUCAUCACCUGAGGCCACCGCACUACCUCACCUGAGGACGAAGAACUCGGACAGAGCCAAGGAUCACUGAGAGACGAUCCCAGCAGGGUCAUAUGGAAUUUGACUGAGGAGCAGCACAAAGGAAGGGGGAGAAAAUCCUGAUGACAGAGGGACGUGGAAAAAUUCUCUGCUUCAAUCAGUUCUUCCAGUCUAUGAAUGAUAAAUCUGUGGAUGGACUCCGUUAGUCCGACUGGUAUAUAAGGACUCUGUGUGCAUGUGUGACUAUCUCGGUGCUGACCUUGGUGCAACACUCCCUGCCCUUGGACCACAGGCCUCUAAAGUUCAGAGCAACAAUCAAACAAUCUUCCUUCCCCCCAUUUUCAACCUUCUCCCUUCAGUGUUGUGCAGAACACGAGAACCUGACAAAGUCUCACAGGUGCGUUAGCCCCUAACGGGACUUUCAUAAUCUCCAAACAUCAAAAGCUGAAUAUGUCCUGAAAAGCUGGAAGCAGAGCAGAGAGGAGGAUUGUUUUGCUGCUGGCAUCAUUUUCAGGCAGAGAUGACACUGGAGGCAACAGUUUAAGCACAACGGACAAUGACAGGACAGAGCUUUACAUGAAAGACGCCAUUGAUGUUAGUUCACUGGUGCAAAUCACAUGCACCCCGAAGAGGGGUGGGUGUGCACUGCACAGACUUUUACCACUGGAUAACUGGAACCAGUAUCCCUGAACAUCCAAAGCUGCAAAAGAGAUGGAUCAAACAAAUGAACUUUACCAAGUCCGGAGACAGUGGAGUGGUCCAACAUGCUUCUAAUACUGCUAAGCUGGAGAGGACACUGCUAGCAGGAAGUGGCCUCUUCCUCCUAUCAAGAUAAUGCACACGUCCUCAGUGUUGAUGUCUGCAGCCACCAUGAGCAACACGACUGUGCUUGACACCGCUGACCCAUCUGAUCUUGACAUGAACUCUUCUGAGGCAAUAUAUCCCAUCAGCUUCCAGGCUUCUCUGACAGGCUUCUUGCUGUUGGAGAUCAUUCUGGGUCUGAGCUCCAACCUCACUGUGCUGAUCCUCUACUGUAUGAAGCAGAACCUCAUCAGCUCUGUGUCCAACAUCAUCACCAUGAACCUGCAUGUGGUUGAUGUGUUGAUAUGUGUGUGCUGCAUCCCACUGACAACUGUGGUGAUUCUGAUUCCACUGGAGGUGGACACAGCCAUGAUGUGCUGCUUCCAUGAAGCCUGCGUCUCCUUCACGAGUGUAGCAACCGCUGCUAAUGUCCUAGCCAUCACCGUGGACCGUUAUGACAUCUCAGUACGUCCAGCGAACCGUGUGCUUACAAUGGGCCGAGCAGUGGUUCUGCUGGGAUCCAUCUGGGCUUUAUCCUUUUUCAGUUUCCUCGUUCCAUUCAUGGAAGUGGGCUUCUUUAUCAGAUCCAGUUCAUAUCUUUUGAACCAGACUACAGUGGUGACUGUACCUCAUACAAAUGAGUACUACACAGAGGUGGGUCUGUACUAUCACCUGCUAGCACAGAUUCCUAUAUUCUUUUUCACAGCUGUUGUAAUGCUGGUGACUUACUACAAGAUUCUUCAGGCUCUUAACAUUCGCAUUGGAACACGGUUUCAGAACAACUUACCUAAAAAGAAGCAAAAGAGCAAAAACACCAUCUCUCUUAGCACUGCAGCACAAGCAGAGUCAACUGAGGUUUCACAGAGCAGUACAGGUGUCAGGGCAGGUGGAAAUGCACCUUUGGGCAUGCGGGCCUCAGUGUCUGUGAUUAUCGCACUAAGACGAGCCGUAAAGCGUCAUCGAGAGAGAAGAGAGAGGCAGAAACGAGUCUUCAGAAUGUCUCUUCUCAUCAUUUCCACGUUCUUAUUUUGUUGGACUCCAAUAACUGUACUCAACACCAUCAUCCUCAGUACUGGACCCAGUGAUCUGGCUGAUCGCCUCCGCCUUGGUUUCUUGGUAAUGGCCUAUGGAACCACCAUCUUUCACCCACUCCUCUACGCCUUCACCCGGCAGAAGUUCCAAAAGGUUUUGAAGAGCAAGAUGAAGAAGAGGGUGGUGUCUGUUGUUGAAGCUGAUCCUACACCAAACAAUGUGGUCAUACAUAACUCAUGGAUCGACCCCAGGAGAAACAAGAAGGUCACCUUUGAGGACACAGAAGCCAGACAAAAAUGUCUAUGUUCACAGGACGCAGAGUAAUGGGGCUAGCUCAAAUGUAAAUAUGUCAGAUAUAUACAAUAUAUUGCUAAAAGGGAGAUGGAAGGUAUUUAGAAAAAACAGGGGAGAAAAACUAAAGCUAAAAUGGUGUGCUGCUUAAACAAUGGAAUGCUUACACUAUAUUGCCAAAAAUAUUCCAUAUUAUCAACAAAAAAUUCAAUUCUGGAUUUAACAGGAAGUCAAUGAAGGGAAGACAAUACAGGAGAAAUAUGCUCUCUCUUUCUAGUCCCUGUCAGGACUCUUGCUGCAGCAUUUUGGAUUAGCUGAAGGCUUUUCAGGGAGUUUUUAGGACAUCCUGAUAAUAAUGAAUUACAGUAGUCCAGCCUGGAAGUAAUAAAUGCAUGAACUAGUUUUUCAGCGUCACUCUGAGACAGGAUAUUUCUAACUUUAGAGAUGUUGCACAAA